AUGUCCAAACACGGUUGCCCCGCUGCCUCUCCUCAACCUUCCUGCCUGGUUCCUCCGCCAGGCGGACCCCGUCGCCUGCCCCUGCCCGGCAGUUCGCUAUCGGACCGGGAACGCGACCAACGAGAGCCUGCGCGCGGCGUCGAUGGCGGCGCCAGCGCGGCCUCUCUUCCAAGGCUGCAGGAGCCGAGUGCAGGUUUCAGUGGAGGCAACGGCUCACGGUACUCCCCGCAGCAUACACGGAUUGCGGCGGCCGCGAACUCCGCAACGGCGACUCGGAACAGAGGUUUGGCCACCGGCCGCAUCUCGCCUUCGGACGUCUACCCCGGAAUCGGCCUGGGUCCCGGCUCUCCCUCCACCCCGCCGUCACCCCCGGGGGCCCAUGCCAGCCCUGGUGCCGGCACCAUCACGUGGGCGCAUGUACGGGACGCACAGCAGCACGCCUUGGCGGAGUCAGGAUAUUUUAAGUCCUCCCAGCAGUACUUGGCGGCAGCCGCGGCGGCGGCGGCGGCAGCCGCAGCUGCAGUCCAGCAGCAACAGCACCUUCAACAUCCAUCUCAGCAACAUCAGCAGCAGCCCCAGCAGCAGCCCCAGCAGCAGCCCCAGCAGCAGCAGGCCCCCGGUUCCCCACCCCACGCGCAGUCAUCCUGGGGCGAUGCAUCCUGGGGUGGUCCCGACGGGCCACUGGGCGGCGGGGCCAGCACCCUCUCUCUCACAUUUCCCGGCGGCCACUCCGGCAACGCCGCUGCUUGGGGCGCGCCGUCGCCGACGUCGCAGCCUUCGGCAUCCCAACAACAGCUGGUGAUCGGGGCCGCUGCCGCUGGGGCGGCUGCCGGCACACACGGCCACACACACACACACGCUCGCGGCCGCGGCGGUGGCGUUGGCGUUGGCGGCGGUGGUGGUUUCGGAACCGACCUGGCGGAGCUGGAACGCGACUUACGGGAUCGUGAACGAGACCUAGUUAACGGAUUCAACCGUAGCAGUUGGUCUGCAGGGGGCCCGGCGCCAUGGGUUUCGGAGCGGGGUGGCUCUCCGCCACGUGGGGCAGGCGGCGGCGGCGGCGGCCGCAGCGGUGAUUCCGCUGCCGUAGGUCUAUUGGCUUUUGAGAGCAUGGUGGGUCCGCAGUUCGGCUCUCUGGGGUUAUUGGAGGGACCGCUGGGCCCAGGCGCCAGCGGCGGGGCCGCGGUGGGGAUGCUAGCCAUGGCUGCGGCGGGAAUGAGUCCGGCUCAGAUCCAGGCGGCGCAGCAGAAGCAGGCGCAGGUGCACACGUUGCAGCGGCGGACGCUGAUGCUGCGGUUGCCGCAUGCGUGGGCGGCGGUGGGGCUGGAGAUGCCGGCCAUGGUGGUGCAGCAGGACGGGAACGGGGUUGGCGGCGGCAGUGGAGGUGGUGGUGGAGGUGGAGGUAACGGGGGUGCGUGCCUGUUGGUGCUGCCUAGUGACAAGCCGCCUACGAGGGCGGAGGCGGCGGCGGUGGAGACGCUGCUGCUGGAGAUGCUGCGUGACCCGGAGUCGGCUGCGGACAGUGAAGCUAUCGCCUGCCUGCAUGAGGCCAGUAAGCUGAGGCAGGUGCCGGGAGCUGGAGGCAACGGAGGGACGGGGGGCGGGGCCCCGGAGGGAGGCGGCGGGGGGGCCGGGGCUGGCGCGGCGGCUGCCGGGGAGGCAGGAACCGCUAACUGGCAGCUCAGGGGCCUCGACGGCGUGGAGCUCUACGCACCCUCCAUCUUGGGCCCCUUCACCACCUUGCUGCAGCCCAGCCUCCAGGCCCACACAGCAGCCAUAGAAGCCCAUCGCGCGGGACUUGCCUCAGCGCACGCACGCAGCCCCGCGACAACCAACACCCCGGCGGGGACGGGGCUCACGGCGACGCCGAGUGCCGCGGGUGUUGACAACGGCAGCGGCACCGGCCGGCGGAGUGUACGACGCAUGCGUGGCUCCCCUUCCGAUGGUUUGAAUCUUCGCAGCACUCGUAGCCUGAUGACGCCGUACAGCUCCACCAGCCUAACGGUCGGGGUGUGCGUGUGCCUGGCAGACCUCGUACGUCAGGUUGAGGUCCAGUGUUGUGAACGGGGUCGUGCCCUGGCCACCGCCUGGAACACCUUCAUGGUGGCCCACCAGGAGUCGGUGGACUCGCUCAGGAGGAGGACUGCGGGGCUGCAGAGGGAGGUGGAGCAGCUCACUGGCCAGCUGGCUGAGCGACGUGACUUCACCCGGGAGAUCGAGAUGCUGGAGUUUCUCAAGAGAGAGAACGCCCGCUACAAGAGCAGGGAAGCCGACCUGCUGGCCAAGGGGCUGCUCACAUUGCAGGCCGCCCCUGGUGCCCGCGACGGCAGUCGGCUGGUGGUCAAGGCGGGUGGGGCGCUGGGUGAGGCCCUGGACACGGAGAUCACCUCCCGCAUCGCCCGACUGAGGUGGCAGCAGGCGUUUCAUACACUGGGCACACAGACAAAGAGGGUGACCUUAGCCUCGGGUAUUGCUCUCCAGAAGCCCCCUUCCCCCCACCCGCGCCUCACCGCCGGGGGCCCUGAGGCGGAGCUGAUGGUGACCAAGCUGAGUCUGCUGCAGCGCCUUACGCUGGCAGUGGAGCGGACGGAGAAACGCCGCCAGGCAGCCGUAGCCAGGCGUAGGGCGGCUGAGGAGGCUCGCAGCCGGGGGGGCACCGCCACCGGCACCGGUGCGGGCAGUAUUGCCACUGCUUCCCCCGCGGAACUGGCUGCUGCGGUGGCUGCUGCGGGGCCGGGUGUGGGGCUCAAGUUUCUGGAGGGAAUGGAUCCGGAGGACACAGCGCACCUGCUGGCCGCACUGAGCCCGGAGGCGCAGGUGAUCCUACUGGGUGCACUUCCUGAGCUGCGGAGGGCUGAGGUGAUGGCGGCCAUGACAGACCAGGAUAGGGCCCAGGCCGUGGCGGUCAUGUCCUCGGGCAUGCGCGCCUACACCGCCCGGGUACUGGGUCGGGGCAUGUGGACCAGCACCAUGAACUGCAUCAAGGCGAACUCCCAGCUGGGGGCCAGACUGCUGGGGGGAAUGGAGCAACAGGAGCAGCUUCACUCGUUCGUGGCCGUUGAUGAGCUGGUUACCUGGGCCUCUUCCGAGCAGCUGGAUGUGCUUGCCGCUCUGGACCUGCCCACUGCCGCCCGGCUGAUGCUGGCUCUGCCUCAGGAGUUGAGACAGAAGCUGCUGGCGGCCAUGGCGCCACACCUGGCGGCUAACAUACUGUCGGCGAUGCUCGCGGGUCCCGCAGCCGCCAACCUGGACGAGCUGGAGUUCACCCGGGCCGUGGCCUGCCUCAUGGCCAUGGACCCGGCGGGGGCAGCCAACAUACUGCAGGAGAUGGGAUGUGGCAGGGCGGCGGAGAUGCUGCUGUUAAGGAUCUGCUUGCGUUCCCUGAACACCCCCCGCCAGGGCAUGGACGACCUGGAUGUCCGCAAUGCCAUUCUUGAGGCCAUGAUGCCCCGCAUGGCGGCAGAGACGGUGCUGGAAAUGGACACCCGGGGCAGGAGGGCGGCGGCAGCUGCAGCGGUGGCGCAGGGGAACGCGGACGCGAACGCGGCGGGACUGGACUUUGUGGCGCAGGACGGACAAGCGGCCGGAGGUGGCCAAGAGGCGGCAGCCGCUACCUCAAGCCCCUUCCCAGGUACUGAGGCUCUGAUGGAGAUGCACUCCGCUUCCGCAGAUCGCAUUAUGGGCUUCAUGACCGUGCAGCGUCUCCCCAACUCACGACCUCCACCUCCACCUCCACCUCCACCUCCACCUCCACCUCCACCUCCACCUCCACCUCCACCUCCACCUCCACCUCCACCUCCACCUCCACCUCCACCUCCACCUCCACCUCCACCUCCACCUCCACCUCCACCUCCACCUCCACCUCCACCUCCACCUCCACCUCCACCUCCACCUCCACCUCCACCUCCACCUCCACCUCCACCUCCACCUCCACCUCCACCUCCACCUCCACCUCCACCUCCACCUCCACCUCCACCUCCACCUCCACCUCCACCUCCACCUCCACCUCCAACCCGCCGCUACUCCUGCUACACCGCUAUACUCCCUCGCCGGCCUCCUUUUCCUCGCAGGAGAAAGCCGCCCUGCUGUCCCGCAUGGACCCCGAGCGGGCCGCUGAGCAGCUGGCCCUGCUGGGGGCCCAUGAGAGUGCUGGUGGUGGAGGCGCUCAAGCAGGAGGAAAGGGACAAGAUGAUGAAGGUACUUGCCGACGCAAGCAGACAGAAGGGCCGCGGACGUAACAAGGGCAAGAGCCGGAAGAAUGUUGGAGGAGGUGGCAAGACGGCGGCCAACGCGAAGGGCGGAGCUGCUGCGCCAGCAGCCGCGGCGGCGGUCGUGGCGGCGGCAGGGCCGCCGCAGGAAUACUUUGCCAGUGUUUCGCCACCGCUCCCAGUCACAACGUCCAUGCCGGCACCGGCCUCUCCUGGAAUGGUGGCUGCUUGCUCGCCACGGCUUUCUGUCGGCGCCGGCAAUCCCGGAGGCAGCAGUGCAGCCCCCGGCGGCCUGACGCCGCGGCUGAGUGUCGGCGGCGGCGGCGGUCCCCAAUUCUCCGCUGGCACUGCCCAAUCGGACUUCAAUGUCGACCUGGCGGCGUCCAUGUCCGCGGUAGUGGGUCGCCGGGCCCUGGAGUUCAUUGACGAGUACAGCGACUUUGAGGGCGAUGAAGGACUUGGGGGCUAUGACGGUCGCGUACGGCGGUGGUCACAGGACAGCGAUCUGGAGGCAGACGGCGCCGCGGGUGGUACCGGAGAUGGCGCCGCCGCAGACGGUGGCGGCGGUGGUGGUGGUGCAGGCGCCGGUGGCGGCGGCGGCGGCGGCGGCGGACGGCGAGGCCGCCAGCGGCACGCCGCGGACGACGCUAUGGCGGCGGAAGAUGAUACGUCCCGUACCUUGUUCGCGUCGGAGGGCGACGUGGAGGUUGUGCCGGAUUCCCAGGGUAGUCCGGAGGGGCCGGGGCUCUUCGCAGGGGCCGGCCGCCUCAGUCCCGUCAUGGAAGCCGAGCCGUCGCUCUCGGGGCAGAGCGGCGGCGUCGGCGGCGUCGGGCGGCACAGCGUCUCCACCGUCGCUGCCGCCGGUAACGGCUCCGCCGCUGCCAUGCGCCGGUACCGCACCAGCGAGGUCGACCCGGGGCACCUGUCCCGCCAGCAGCAGCAGCAGGUGCAGCAGCUGCACAUGCAGGCCAUAGCACGGCGUGGCGGCAAGGGGGCCGACGCCGCACCCGCAUCGCCGGCAUCACCCAUCCGGGGUGCUGGCGCUGCCUCCACACCCAGCCGCAUGACGCCGGUUCCAAACACACGCAGCUCCCCACACGCCACAAGUACGGGUUACCGAGGCACUGCGGACGGGGGAGGAGGGCCCCCGGGGCUUGGCGGCCGCCCGUCAGCGAUGACCCACAUACUGCUGAAGGACUUCCGGGACGCUGCCGGUGGUGUGGGGCCCCAGGCGACCCUCUCCCCCAAAAACGUCCGUCUGGCCACCGCCCUGGCCCAGCACCGCACCGCCCGACCCCGACCCAAGGGCUGGCUGAUGGGCCUGGUGGAGAGCGUCUACAAGGACGGGGAGGCUCUUCAGCGGCGGAUGGGGCACAUGGAGGCGCUACGGCGGCAGAGCGUGCCCGAGAUUGUGUUCGCGCACUUCUCCAACAAGUACGGACAGCGCUCGCUGGUGGACGAGUACGCGGCCUGCCUGGCCAACACACUGGCUCAACAUCGGGGAGAGGACCUCCGUUUGGAGAUCUUCUCACGUUUCCUGACCGAGCAGUGGGACUUCGCUACCUUCUUCGACUUCCUCACAGCCAACAGCCUGGCGCUGCAGCCCAGCAAGGCCCUGUGUAUCGAGUACUCCCGGGAGGCGGGUCGUGACGAGCAGUACCCUUGGAUCUGCACCCACAAGGCGGCCGCCAUCGCGGACCUGGUGAUGGGCCCCAGGUCUCAGGCGCUGAGGGACAGAUUCAAUGAGGCGCUGCUGGCUGUCAGUGUGCCGGCUGACGAUGCGGAUGUGGAGAAACUUAAACGCGACCCCCGCUACGUUGCCGCUGCCGCGGACGCCGGCGCCGGCGGUCCGCCGCUGCCGGAGCGCUUCUACCGCCUUCCUCGCCCCCGCUUCCUGGCCCUCCUCGCCUCCGAGAUCGCCCGCCUCAAUGCCGCCAUUGCGCACAUGGCCCGCAGCCGCUUCGAGGCCCUGGACCUGGUCGGCAACGAGGUGGUCCCCGCGGGUGCCGUACCCGGGUACCUGUCCGCAGUGGUGACCUCCAAGACGGGUCCCAGCUGCAACUGGGCCGCAGUGCAAGAGGCCUCCCAGUCGUUCAUCGCGGACGCACUGGCCUACCAGCAGGACCCCGCAGCCGCAUCCACGGUCUCCUCACCCGAGCCGGGGGGCGGUCCGGGACCCGAGAGCAAGAUCGCCAUGGACGCCUGGGUGGCCGCGAGUGUGUACUGCCCACUCAUAAGGGACCACUUCAAGCUCAAGGUGCUGAGGCCCAGGCGCAUAGACGUCGAUGGAGUCGACGACUUUGUCGACGACGGCGGCGGCAGCACCGGCGAUGGCCUGCUUGGCGGUUUCUUGCUGGGCCUGACACGUCGACACACCAAGAUUAUGGUGGCUAGGCUCAAGGGCUGGGUGCGGCCGGAGGCCGCCGUCACCGCCGGAGGCGGCGCUGCGGACGCUGCGCUUGUCGCUGAGCUGAUUUCUUCUGUUGACAAGGCCGUCAGCGGCGGUGAUAAGUUCCGGGUGUAUGCCCAGAUGUUGUUGGCGAUCAUUAAGCAGCAGGUGGCGGCCGCGGUGGGGCUGCUGUUGGGGGACCGGGGGGCAGCGAAUGACGCGGCGGGGGCGGACGUGGAGGAUGCGCUGUGCCGCCUGGAGGACUGCGUGCUCAUCAUGCUCAAGCAGGCCAAGUAUCUGAUGCAGUGCAGCUCCCCAGAGGUCCAGAUAGACCUGGUCAGGAGGUUGGCCCCGCAGACCCGCAUUUUCGCGGUGGGGCGGCAGCUGCUGGUAUGGCGCCAGCACCGGGCCACAGUGCACAACAUGGCGGCGCUGGUGGUGCAGAGCUUGUGGAGGAGACACAGGAGGAGGAGGAAGGCCCCGGUGGCCGCGGCCCUGGAGGUGCAAGGUGGACAAGGGUUGCAGCGCGUGGAGGCGUCGGUAUCGAACUUGCCGUUGCUGGCGGGGGCGGGGCCAGGGGCUGGGUCCUAGGAGUGGUGGUGUAAGCGGCGGUAUCGGGGUUUCGUGGCUAUGGUGAAGCGGCGAGGGUGGUGGCGAGGGUGGUGAAGUAAAGGCGGUGGUGCAGUGGCCACAAGCGCUGUGCGGAGGUGUUGCUGCCACGGCAGCAACCGCAGCAGUGGACCAAGGACAGCGAUAGAGGAGGAAGGCGAUGGAGGGGACUGCUGCUUUCCCCAAAGCAACGAAACCGCCAUUACCAACAUCAUCGGGGAUGUACUUAGACUUCGUAGGUUAUGAAGUUCGCUGUGUGAGGCCCGUGCCUUACCAGUCGUGUCGGGGGCGAGACACAGCAGCAGCAACCCCAGCAAGGUGCGGCCCUAAGUGCGCGGCCUGGGGUCUAGUUCACGAGGAAAGCGGGUGGCAGGGAUGGAUACGGCUGGCAAGGCCGUAGCGCGAUGCAGCAGCGGGUGCAGGAAAGUUGGGAACG